AAUAAAAAGAUAGUGAACAAAUCUUAAGCAAAUCUAACAUAGUGACUCAGAUCUUAGUUAAAUCUGAAUAUGGGUAAGGAAGAAAAGCAACUUGAAAUGAUGGCCACAAAAAGAGUUUUGAGAGCUACUUUCAACUACUUCUCGACCACCAGUUUUAAAUGGCUUGGUGACAUUUGGCCCCACCCACCAUUUUGUCUUUCUUUUCCUCUUGUGGCUCUUAUUUUUUUCAAUUUUUUCAUUUAUAAAAAAAUAGCCACACGUCCUAAAUCUAUUGCAUCUUUACAGCAAGUUGAGAUAAAAUAUUCAUCAUAUAAUUAUAAGUACUGUAACUAAAGUAUAAACCAUAAUAUAAUGUACUAACUGAAUGACAAUAAAACUUAUCACGGAGAGUGUGAUUCACCUAAUAAAAGGGAAGGAAACAGAAGGCGAGUCUGCUUCAGGGGGACACGUCAAUGACCUUCCAGAUGGCAUAGAGUCUUUUGUCUUGGGGUCCCCAUCUAUCUAAUCUAGCUAAUCUUCUUUUUGUCUCUCUAAAUGGACUUUUAACAAACACUAUUACAAUCAAAUGUUUGUACACAUUUACACUAUUACAAUCUUGUUAGGCGCUUACUAUUUCUAUAAUGAUAUUUCCAAAUAUCAUAUUUGGACUAUUAAAUGGUGAUUGUUAGUAUUUGUUAAAAAAUCCAUUUAUAGAAAUCGUGAAGACAGAAAAUCAUUCUCUUUAACAAACAUUAUUACACUCUUGUUAGGCGAUUACUAUUUCUAUAAUUUUUGUACUUCAAGAAAAUUUGACAAUUACUAAAAGCAGUAAGUAAUAAACAGUUGAAAUUCAUGGCGCGUGGGAUUUGGUUCUGUCUCUUCAGGCUUCUCCUCCAUCGUAGAAAGGAUAUAAAAGGAGGGAUAAAAUAUUCGUAUAAGUUUCUUUCUUUUCUCCUCCUCCAUCUUCUUCUUCUUCCUUGAUUGAUACCAACGUGUUAUCCUUAUCCCAUCCCUUAACCCGCUUCUUCAUUAACUAAUCAGACCACUUCAUCUCUAUCAAUCGUAACCUGUGCUCUGUAGUCUGUAUUGAAGGUGUGAUUCAUUGUAGAGCGAGAAAACGACUGUUGGAGCCUAAAGAUGCGGAUUUUGUGCGAUGCAUGCGAGAACGCAGCCGCUAUCGUCUUCUGCGCCGCCGAUGAAGCUGCCCUUUGCCGCCCCUGCGAUGAAAAAGGAAUGGUUUUGUCUCCAAAGUAUGUAUUUACUAUUUAGCAUAGCUUGUGGAGAAAGAAUAUAGCUCUUUGUCCUUACAUCAGUUAGGUGACUCUUAAUAAGGGUACAUAUGUGCAAUAAGCUAGCUAGUCGGCAUGUACGUGUAGGUUUAGCCGAACCAAGCAAUGCCCCUUGCUGUGAUAUUUGCGAAAAUGCACCUGCCUUCUUUUACUGUGAGAUAGACGGUAGUUCGCUUUGUCUGCAAUGUGACAUGGUAGUACAUGUUGGUGGCAAGCGAACGCACGGGCGGUUUCUUUUGCUCAGACAGAGGAUAGAGUUUCCAGGGGACAAGCCUAAACAAAACAAUACGAGAGACAAUAUGCAAAACCAAAGAGUCUCUGCAAGUGCAAACGGUGAAGCUAAUGGCAAGACUGACGAUGAAAUGAUUGAUCUAAAUGCUAACCCGCAGAGAGUACAUGAGCCAUCAUCAAAUAACCAAGGUAUCGAUGUUAAUAACACGAACAAUCACGAGUCCGCAGGUGUUGGACCCUUUAAACGAGAGUCUGAGAAGUGAUAAGGGUUUGGUUCUUGCGAAACUUUAUUGUUGAAGAAAGAAGAAAGGCCUGUCUUGUUUGUGAAUUAUCUUAGUUUAAAGGAAAGGGCUCACAUGAAUGUAUAAGCUUAUAUAAUCUGAAAUUUCUCAGUAACUUAUUUAUUUUCAUUUUUUCUUAUUAUUAAAACUAUUUUGGAAUAUUA